AUGACCCCCGCCCACUCUCUCGUCCCUAUCCCGAUCCCUGCGGGUCGCCCCCGUCCCACCCCGGCUCUUCUGGCCCCGCCCCCUGGGCCGCCCCCGCCGCCCCGCCCCCCGUCACUGCUCACUCCGAAGUUUCCUGCGCUGAGCGCGGACGGGCUCCAGGGCUUGCUCGCUCCGUCUCCGUCUCGGCCGCGCCCCCGGCCCGUGCCUGCGGUCCGCGCCCGCCCCGCCGUGCAUUUAGCGGUUUUCCGCAUCGGAACACCGUUGCUGCUGCUGGGCGGGCCGGAGCUAGAGCCUCCGCAAGAGCUGGUGCCGGGUGGGCCGGGGGCGCGGGCCGAGGAGGCGGUACUGGCACAGCUCCGGGCUCCGGACUGGGUCCCCAGUGACAGCGUCGCCCGGGGUAUGCCCGCGGGGACGCCGCUGACCGCUGGAGCGAGGUGCUGCCUUUUGCCACCAUGACUGAGGGCACGUUGGCCGCAGACGAGGUCCGGGUGCCCCUGGGCGCUUCGCCUCCGGCCCCUGCGGCGCCGGUAAGGGCUUCCCCAGCAAGCCCUAGGGCACCAGGGCUCGAGGAGCAGCGAGGAUCCGGGUCCGGCGUGUUGGCUCCGGAGAGCCCAGCGACUGAGUGUGGUGGGGACCUGGGCGCCGACGAGGAACAGCCCGUCCCAUACCCGGCACUGGCGGCCACGGUCUUCUUCUGCCUCGGGCAGACCACGCGGCCGCGCAGCUGGUGUCUCCGACUGGUUUGUAACCCAUAUCCUUACAGGGUUGGCAGGGUGCUGGGGACUGGGGUGUGGAACUCCCUCUGCGAACCCCGGCUUGUAGGAUCUGGAGCGGGCUGGGUAGGGGUGCUAGGGCAGCGUUCUUCUCCGAGGUGGUUAGGGUUACACCUCGGAACUCGCCAGUGGGAUCUGGGUUCAGAGGUAGCUCGGGACGGGAGAAUAUGGGCAGAAGCAGUAAGGAUGCCGCCGGCUUGGAAGAGAAUGAAAGGUAGUUAACUCCUGCGAUCCUACGGUCUGGGGAUUGGGGUGGGAAUCCCCGCCUUCUUAGCUUUGCAAAGGAACACCUGAGCCUGUGUGGAGACCCUCACUGGAGACGGGGAGAACGGAAGGGGAGAAAGUUUUCCACCUGCUCUGUGGGCGCUGUGUACCGGGCG